AUGCGUGGCCUGAAAGCCACAAUCCCUGAUUUAGCCCGGCACGAAGUCCUCAACCCGUGGAUUGAACGUCGCAAAUUUCAGAGGGCAGACUUUGGAGUCUUUGCUGCUAUCAUCUGUGCUCGUUCUUUAUUCGAAGUCUUAUGUACCGAGUUCAAAGCAUUUGCAUUGGUUGUAUUUGACUGUGGCAUCCUAGCCAACGAUAAGGACAAGGCUCAGGAAUACAGAGCACAAUCCAUACAGUACUUCCACGCCGUUCUCGGUGAGAAAGACGAUUUCCCCAAUUUGACAUGCUUUCCAGAAGAGCUUCAGCAUGCCUUGCUUUGCUGGAAUGAAGUCGCUGAUCACAUUCGAAGCGCGCGCUCGAAAGAUACCCUAAAAGUUCUUCUGAGGCAGAUCUUAUACUAUGUUGAGAGUGUCGAUACCCUGGAUACAGUCUACUCUAGAAACCACGUUCCAUCGCCGAAACAAUACCUGAGCCGGCGCGAACGCACUGCAGGGGUGUAUCCAGUUAUAGCCACAAUCCCCUUCAUUUAUGGCAUCGAUGUCUCACAACAGCAACUCGAUAGCGAGCUGAUGCAGCUGUUAUGGAAGCAUACAUCGCAUUUGGUACACAUGAUCAACGACAUGUUUUCCCUGCGCAAAGAGAUUGCAGACGGGCAGAUUGAGAACCUCAUCCCGGUAUUAAUGCUCAACAACGAUGUCGACUGCGACACAGCCAUGAAAUGGGCUAUUAAGCUGGUUGAGGAGGCCGCCCAAAGUUUCCACAAUAUCAAGAGACAUUUCCAAAAUUCCCAUACUGAUACCCAUGAGAUCACUACAGCUUUCUUGGAAGUGUGCAAGAACGUUAUCAUGGGAUUGACUCAUUGGAGUUAUACUGGGCAACGGCACUUCCACCAUUCGGAAAUUGUGGAUGGAAAGAUUAUAUUUAAAGUGUAA